AAGUCACUGUGUUGAACCAGUUCAGCUUCAUGUCGGACCGUUUCCUGCUCCGUCUCCGCACUGUUUCGGGAAAACCCUGUCCUGAAGCCGUGCACCCAGUAAACCCAGUACCACCCAGAGGACGGUGUUGGCAGGUCCGGCAGAACGCAGGAGGCCGGAGGUUCGGCUCAAAUCAGCGGGAGUUCCGGUUCAAACAUGGCGAAGACCUACGACUAUCUGUUCAAGCUGCUGCUGAUCGGUGACAGCGGCGUCGGUAAAACCUGCCUCCUGUUCCGGUUCAGCGAAGACGCCUUCAACACCACCUUCAUCUCCACUAUCGGAAUCGACUUCAAAAUCAGAACGAUAGAACUGGACGGAAAGAAAAUCAAACUGCAGAUCUGGGACACGGCGGGUCAGGAGAGGUUCAGAACCAUCACCACAGCCUAUUACAGAGGCGCCAUGGGCAUCAUGCUGGUAUACGACAUCACCAACGAAAAGUCCUUCGACAACAUCAGGAACUGGAUCCGCAACAUCGAGGAGCAUGCUUCAUCAGACGUGGAGAGAAUGAUUCUGGGAAACAAAUGUGACAUGAACGACAAGAGACAAGUGUCCAAAGAGAAAGGAGAGAAGUUGGCCAUAGAUUAUGGAAUCAAGUUCUUGGAAACCAGCGCCAAGUCCAGCAUCAACGUGGAAGAGGCCUUUUUCACACUCGCAAGAGACAUCAUGACCAGACUGAACCGGAAAAUGAAUGACACCAACCCGUCCGGUGGUGGCGGUCAGGUCAAAAUCACUGAAUCCCGUCCUAAGAAGAGCUUCUUCAGGUGUACGCUGCUGUAGGCGGAGCCUGUGUGGGACCGCCCCUAGUUCCCUGUCCUCGUCCUCAAACCUCCUGCCGCCAGGACGAACGGACGGUCGGACGGACGCCGACACACGGAGAGGACGUCAGCAGAGGGACGAUGUGUCCAACUGUCCUGCUUCAACAGAAAACCACAGUGGAAGCCGACAGAAGGAACCAAACAAACGUUCCUGUUUCUUCUUCUUCUUCUUCUUCUCCAUCAUAUUCUUGGUUCUUCUCCAGGAAACGCCUUCUGCUUUCAGCUCCAACUGCCUCUGUCACCUCAGACUUUUCACGCCUUCCUUUUUCUCUCUGAGUUUUUGCUUUGUUUUGUUUUUUUUACAUUUUUACUGCCGUCAUGAAGGAGACUCCGGCAGACGCAGCGUAUUAAUCCAUGUGUUUAAAGAAGGAAAAGGAGAACGUCUUAGUAAUGAAGACUUCAACGUCACGGUGAAACGCGACAGAAAGGCAGAAGCUGAGACACUUUAACGCAAACAAGACUUUCCAUCACAUUUCAUUUGUACCAAAGCAGGAUUUAUCGGUCAGUUAUCCUGGUGUGUGUGUGUGUUUGUGUUUGCAUAUCUUUCUUCUUAAAGUGUCUGGAGUCGAUAAAAUGUUCCAACAGUUCAGUGCAGUUUAGAGAAAACCAAUCAGGUGUUUUCUUCCAAACACUGAAGCCUUUAAAGAAACAGAUGAUGAGAUUUUCUUCAGUAUCGAUCAAAUGUAGCAGAUAUUAUAUGUUUACUCAGUAUUUACGCAUCAACACGUGUAGGUUUGUGUAAAUCUACAUGUUCUUAUCAGUUACAUAUCGUUAAUCUCGUAUGGACUAAAGUCUGUAGACCCGUUGAAUCCAGGUGUUUCUUUUCUAACAGGGGUCUGGGAUCCAAAACAAUAAUGAUAAAUGUCAGAAUAUAGUUUUAUAUUAUGGAAUAAAUAUCAGUGCAUUGGUUAGUU